AAGGGCUGGCUUGUGUUGCUGGGGGUAACGGGACGCUCGAGGUUGAGCUAAAGAAGCUUUAGCUAACUCAGCUAAGCUAAACUAGGAGCAGGAGAAUUGUGGGUGCAAAUAUCUGACCAGAAUCCGCUUCGGGGUAAAAUGGAAGUGACGUUAUCUAUGGAUCCUCUUUUUCUUGCAUGGAGCUGUUUUAGGAGACGGAAGUUCCAGAAAUGCUCGGAUCUUUGCACAAAGGUGCUGGAGGACAAUCCGUACGACCAGGCAGCUUGGAGCCUGAAGACAAGGGCUCUGACUGAGAUGGUGUACAUUGAUGAAGUGGAAGUUGACCAGGAGGGCAUUGCAGAAAUAAUGUUGGAUGAAAGUGCCAUUGCCCAAGUAGCACGACCUGGAACGUCACUGAGGCUCCCUGGAACAAGCCAGGGUGGAGGACCUACUCCAGCUGUCAGACCAGUGACCCAGUCAGGACGCCCCAUUACAGGAUUUGUAAGGCCCAGCACUCAGUCUGGUAGACCAGGGACAAUGGAGCAAGCCAUCAGAACACCUCGAACUGCAAACACUGCCCGUCCAGUCACCAGUGCUUCUGGGAGAUUUGUCCGAUUGGGCACGGCUUCUAUGUUAACACAUCCGGAUGGACCGUUUAUAAAUUUGUCCAGAUUAAAUUUGGCAAAGUAUGCACAGAAACCAAAUUUAUCCAAGACCUUAUUUGAAUACAUCUUUCACCACGAGAACGAUGUCAAAAAUGCUUUGGACCUAGCUGCACUCGCUACGGAGCAUGCACAGUUCAAGGACUGGUGGUGGAAAGUCCAACUUGGGAAAUGUUAUUAUAGGCUUGGUUUGUAUCGUGAAGCUGAGAAACAAUUCAGAUCAGCCCUCAAUCAUCAAGAGUUUGUAGAUACUUAUCUCUACCUUGCGAAGGUAUAUCAGCGACUGGAUCAACCCAUAACUGCCCUGAACCUCUUUAAACAAGGCCUGGACCAUUUCCCAGGAGAAGUGACUUUGCUGACUGGGAUUGCUCGCAUUCAUGAGGAGAUGAACAACAUCACUUCAGCUACAGAGUAUUACAAAGAUGUCCUAAAGCAGGACAACACACAUGUGGAGGCCAUCGCCUGUAUAGGAAGCAACCAUUUCUAUACGGACCAGCCAGAGAUCGCCUUGCGUUUCUACAGACGGUUGCUGCAGAUGGGUGUGUAUAACUGCCAGCUUUACAAUAAUCUGGGCCUGUGCUGCUUUUAUGCUCAGCAGUAUGACAUGACUCUGUCCUCAUUUGAGAGGGCAUUAGCCCUGGUUUCCAGUGAUGAGGAACAGGCUGACGUCUGGUAUAAUAUUGGACAUGUUGCAGUGGGUAUCGGUGACUUGACUCUAGCUUAUCAGUGCUUUAAACUAGCUUUGGCAUUUAACAAUGAUCAUGCUGAGGCGUACAACAACUUAGCAGUGCUGGAGCUACGCAAAGGCCACAUUGAGCAGGCAAAAGCCUUUUUGCAGACAGCUGCUUCUCUCGCUCCCCACAUGUAUGAACCACAUUUCAACUUCGCUGUACUGUCAGAUAAGGUGGGUGAUCUUCAGAGUAGCUACAUAUCUGCCCAGAAGUCAGAGGAUGCUUUUCCUGAGCACGUGGACACUCAACAGAUCCUGAAGACCCUCAGACAGCACUUUUCUGUGCUCUAAAUUUUUCAUCCCAAUUUUUUUACAUUAAAAGAAAGCUAUAAAACGUUGUCAAAACAUCUAGAGAUUAAAAUGUCUAGCCCCUUUUCAAGAUUUUUAUAGAUAUAAUAAAUUUAAUAGAUAUAAUAAAUCACAGUGUAUAAUUGCAGUUUUUAACUUAUAGCAAAAUCUUAGAAAAAGAUAGAAGUUAGAAAAAGUGGUUUUGUUUUGAAAAUAUUAUGUGAAACGUAAACUUGUCUGUGUUUAGCAUUAAAAAUGUAUAGAGUGCAAGUAAAAUAGAGUUUUUUGAUUC